AUUGGCCGAAGGUCGUCGGUAUGGCAUAGUUUUGUCGCCGUUUCGGUUCUUGAUGUUAGUACUUGUCGUGGAGUAUUGUUAUUUGUUUCGCCUAUUGUCAGAUGUAUAGCAAUUUCCUUCACAGAUCCACAACACUACAAUGACGUGUUCAUGGAGAAACGGCAAGUUUGGUGUGGUUAAUGCAGAAUUAUGUACAACGUCCCAAGCAAUCAACAAAGAAGAAAUAAAUGAGAUAUUCCGUUUAAAAAUAGAGGAGGACUAACGGGGAAAUGCCCCAAAACUCUCCUUUUUACCUCCUGUCGUUAGGCCUGUUCUUAAGUUGUGGCUUGGUAAUUUUCAGUAAAUACCAUUUCUUUUAGUUUUUUCCGUUAGUGACAUUGUCGCUAACUCAGUUUUACAAUGUUUACCCAUUUCUUAUAAAUGGGCCUUCCUAUGAGUUACCUAGUCUAACUAUUCAACUAGAACUAUGUGACCGAUUUACGGCCUCUAUUCAGGCUAAUAUUUUGAGGCACCUACAAAUUUCUAUUUGGAUAUUUAGUGAAAAGCAUGUUUCCUAUUUUAUGCUAUUUAAAGUGUAAUAAUAUGACGACUUAUAUUUUCCUGUCGUUAUUGUUAACCAGUCAGCGUCUGUUGACAUGUGCGACGUGUAUGGAUCGGUACGACGACGUCAUCUAGUCAUAAGCUUUAGCGAAAAGAAUGUAUAAAUUGAUAAGUUUGUGGUUCAUUAUACAUAAACAGUAUUGUCGAAUUUUAAAAGUGGGUUUGUUGUGAAGCCUUUCUUUACUGAAUUAGUUCUUUCUUGUGACUUUAGUUACGACUGAUUCUACCGUAAAAUGUCACAUACAUGCAUAGGAUCAAUCCCAAUUGUUUACAGUCAUUUAGUAGCGUCUGAAUACAGUGAUGAUCUGAAGAGUAAAAAAGGUACAAUUCUUGUCAAUCGUUAGUUGAAUUGGUAAUUUUUACACUUUACGAAGUCACCAUUCUUGUAAUUAGUUUUCAGAAUUUUUGACAAACCGGUUUGUGCACAUGGGCAGUAUCGUAGUUCACACACAAACCAAGUGACUUGUGUGGAGCAUAUGAAUUCGGCGUCCGAUUGCGUCGAUAUUUCUGUUCAAAUAAAUAAAUUCACAAACAUUAUCAUUCUGAAUAUAACGAAAUACACACGCUUAUAGUUUUAAUUUCGAACUUCCUUUGUAGAACAUGGUUGAAAAGACUGAAGAUUUUAAGAACUCAUUAACAAGCUUGGUUAACGAUUUAGGGUACAUUCUGUCUGAUAGUUUGCGGCAAGUGGAUGGCGAUUUCGAUUUUGAGAUGUCUGUCACUACAACAUGUGAUCUCGACACUCGACUCAUGCUGAUGCUUGACAAGAGUAUGAUGCCUGAGUCUAACACAGACAAUUUCAUACCUGUUGAGAAUGACUGGGUGAAGUUUGCCGCAACGGCCUCUGCAUAUGUCUACAGAAAUGUUGGUGAAUCGGUUUCCAAACCUCUUCGAAGAUGGCUGGCGAAUGCUGCCAGUGCUGCGAUUCUCGCUGGUCUACUUGCAGAACUGCCCGAGUCGUCGGAUUCAGAUGGAAAAAAUACUUCUGAUGAAGAGACACCUGUCGAAAAUGUCUCCACACCUGACGGAGUAGUGGAGCAUCGUCAAGAUGGUGCCUGGUACUAUGGCUGUUGGACCGUUGACAAUCUUGCCAGCAGUUGUGAAAUGAUGAAUGUGAUCGAUGUUGAAAUGACAGAUGCAUGUAUUCGAGUGAUGAUUGCUGCUGUUGUUAAUUAUUUUCAGGAGAACAGAUUCGCUCCAUGUGGUUUGUUGAGAGACAGUUAUGCAAGUGCGAUACUGAGAAGUGAUCUAAUGGAUAGGUAUGGGUUAACAAACGAACAUGAUAAAAUCGAAGCGAUGCGUAUUACUGGUAGUUGGGUCUCGAAACUGUAUGUGUUUCACAUGGCAACGAAGCAUCGUGAUUUGGAACACCCAAUCAGACCUAUAAAUAAUGUUGGUUUGGUGCGUCCUCUGAAACUAGAUAUCAGUCAGUAUUUCGAGGACUUGACAGCUAGAUUUAUCCGUACACGAAUCGCACAUCAGAUUGCCAGUCGAAUGGUGCGAUCUGUGUGUAUUUUGUUUUUCGAAGAUUUGAAUGAAUUGAUUGAGUUGCGGAAGCUGUACCGUCAAAUAUCCAGUGAUCCAUUUUAUUAUCACACUGACUGUGAAUAUUUGACGAAAUCAUCUGGACCGUCAGUCAGUGACAAGAUGAGUAGUAUAUUUGGUCGAUUGGUUACCUAUUUGAGUGUUUUUGAGCCGAAUAGUGAACUGUUUGAUUAUCCACAGUUGAAGAUGAAUGGUAAAACUCGCGAGCAACACUAUAAUGAUUACAGUAAGAAUUGGAAGGAGAUGCUGGAGAUAAUUUAUGCAGGGUUGUAUAUGCCAAGUGAAAGUGUAGUUAUGGAACUACUUAAAAGAUACCAUUUUACAGAAAAUUUGCCACAAAAUGAAGAACUUUUGAUAGAAUGUUGGAAUGAAUAUGGUGUCGAUUCAAAUAUAUGGGGUGAUAUUUCAACCAUUGAUCAUUUGUAUUCAUUGGUAACUCAAGGAUUGGAAGAAGAUUCUGAAGACGAUUCAUGAAGAGUUGUAUGUGCCAAAAGGAAGUGGAGUAUUGAAUAUACUUAAAAGUAGAUGCAAGAUUCCAGAAAAUAUUCCACAGAAUAAAGAACUUUUGAUAGAAUGUUGGAAUGAAUAUGGUGUCGAUUCGAAUAUUUCUCAUUAUAUCGAACUCAUAAAUCUUUUGUAUUCAUUUACUACUCAAAAUUAAAACUUUGCUAC